AUGUCUCAAAACAAUUCUUCUGGUUCCGCAAAACAAAACAAACGUCGACAUGUUGAGGCUUUGUCAUCUGAUGAUGAUGUAUCACCUACCGUCGUAGAUUCUUGGCCAAAGUUUAUUGUCAUUGCUCCUGCUGAUGGGGACACUCUAAAAUUGAACCCUUUUGCUAUUUCCAAGGGCAUUCAAGGUAUAUGUGGUGAUGUAAAAAAUGUCACGCGUCUCCGAGGUGGUUCACUCCUAGUGGAAUGUGCACUGCGGCAACAGUCUGUUAACCUGCUGUCCUUAAAACAGUUUGUUAACACCAAAGUUGUUGUGUCGGUGCACAAAACACUGAAUUCUACUCGAGGAAUUAUCAGAGAUCGCGCUCGUUGUUUGACUGACAUGAGCGAAGAGGAAAUCGCUGCUGAAUUGAAAAGUCAAGGAGUGACUGCUGUCAAGCGGUUUACAAAGAAACAACAUGAUGGUACUAUCAGCAAAACUAACACGUAUCUCUUCACUUUCUCACUUUCAGUUCUUCCUAAAUCUAUUAAAGCCGGCUACUUCAACAUCAGUGUGGAGGUCUAUAUACCUAACCCACUCAGGUGUUACAACUGUCAAAAGUUUGGACACGGUUCCAAAUUUUGCCGUGGCAUUUCAACAUGCUUCCGCUGUGGUGGUGCUCAUGAGAGCUCAGAGUGUACAGACAACAUGAAGUGUGUCAACUGCGGCGGACAGCACAUGGCUUCCUCAAAAUCAUGUCCAAUUUUCCUCCGUGAGACCAGUAUCCUGAAGAUAAAACACACGAAUAACAUCACUUAUCAAGAAGCUAAAAAGUUGGUACCAUCUAUUGGCCAGAACCUGUCUACAAAAACCUAUUCAGCUGCAAUUUCCUCGCCUGCUCUUGUGACUAAAGUUCCUACUGUCUCAGUUUCCUGCCAAACAGUUAUUUCUUGGCUCAAAACAGACCAUAUUCAGGUUAGUGAACUCACUCAGGUAUGCCAGAGUGAGCCGGUUCAGAGGAAAGUAACAUCUUCAUCUCAGACAGACUCUCAACCCAUACAGGAAAAAACUCGUGAACCACAGCAAAGAAAUGAGAAUGACCCUCACGCAGACGGUAAAACUCAUUUAACAAGUAAAGAAAAAAAGCAAGCAAAAAAGGCGAGGGCACACAAAAAUUUAGAGAUCGCUUCUCCUACAACAACUCAGAUAGAGGUUCAUAAUACAUUUGAUCCUCUGGAGAUGGACGUGAGUCCGUCCCUCCCAAUCCAUGGGAAUAAACCCCCCUCCCGCUCCCGAUCUCCAAUUUCACCUCCAUGA